AAGUACAGUGAAGAGAAGAGAAGAGAGGGUGACCGAUCGAUGAGUUGGUUUGUGAAAAGUGAUGGCCAUGGAUCAUCAAGACGAGGGCAAAUAGUGAGCUUGGAGAUGGAGGAGCAGAGAGGAGGAGGAGGAGAAGGUAUUUUUCUGACAUGGGAGGAUCUGAAGGUGACAGUGACGACCAAUGGGAAAGACAAGUCUAGGCCAAUCCUUGAAGGUCUCACUGGUUAUGCCAAGCCAGGACAGCUCUUAGCCAUUAUGGGUCCUUCUGGUUGUGGCAAGUCCACCCUCCUUGACGCCUUAGCAGGUAGGUUGUGUACAAGGGCACAGCAAACAGGAGAUAUCCUUAUCAAUGGCCGCAAACAAGGACUGGCUUAUGGAACAUCAGCAUAUCUGACGCAAGAUGAUGCAAUAUUCACAACCUUAACGGUGGGAGAAGCAGUGCACUACUCAGCUCAAUUGCAACUUCCUGAUUCAAUGACCAAGUCGGAGAAGAGGGAGAGAGCAGACUUCACAAUCAGAGAAAUGGGUUUACAAGACGCCAUUAACACAAGGAUUGGAGGUUGUGGAGGUUCUAAAGGAAUCAGUGGAGGCCAAAAGAGAAGGGUUAGCAUCUGUAUUGAGAUUCUCACACGGCCUAGCCUUCUGUUCCUUGAUGAACCAACCAGUGGACUUGACAGUGCAGCUUCUUAUUAUGUUAUGAGCAGAAUUGCAAGCUUGAAUCAGAAAGAUGGAAUUCAAAGGACUAUUAUUGCAGCAAUUCAUCAGCCUAGCAGUGAGGUUUUUGAGCUUUUUCAUAACCUUUGCCUUCUGUCUUCUGGUCAAGCUGUGUACUUUGGCCCUGCUUCUGCUGCAAAGGAGUUUUUUGCAUCAAAUGGUUUUCCUUGCCCUACUCUCAAGAGCCCCUCUGAUCAUUUUGUAAAGACUAUCAACAAUGAUUUUGAUAAGGAGGACCCAGAGCAAGGAUUAUCCGAAGGACUAACCACAGAAGAAGCAGUUCAUAUUCUUGUGGAAUCAUACAAGUCAUCUGCAAUCAGUCACCAAGUUCAAGCAGAAGUGGUUACAACAAGAACAAGGAAUUCAAGUGCAAUGGAGAUGAAAAGCCAUGCUUCCUUCUUCAAGCAAUGCAUCAUUCUUACAAGAAGAUCAUUUUGGAAUAUGCAUCGCGAUUUAGGCUACUACUGGUUGCGUCUAUUUAUCUAUGGUGGAUUGGCUAUAACUCUAGGCACUAUCUUCUACAAUGUUGGCUCAAGCAAAACAACUCAGGUAAGAGGCUCACUGCUCAUGUUUGUGGCCACAUUUCUGAGUUUCAUAACCAUUGCUGGGUUCGCUUCCCUUGUGGAGGACAUGAAGGUGUUUCAAAGAGAAAGACUAAAUGGGCAUUAUGGUGUUGCUGCAUACACAAUUGGACACACAUUAUCUUGCAUUCCAUUCUUGCUACUAAUGUCACUGAUUCCAGGAGCAAUAAUUUAUUACCUAACCGGACUUCAUAGAGGCUAUCAGCAUUUUCUCUACUUUGCUUCUGUGCUUUUCAUCUCAGUAAUGUUGGUUGAGAGCUGCAUGAUGAUUGUUGCAAGCAUGCUUCCAAAUUUCUUGAUGGGGAUGAUCACCGGUGCUGGAAUUCUGGGAGUAAUGAUGUUAACCGGUGGAUUCUAUCGCCUACCUGCGGAACUUCCUAAAUUCUUAUGGAGAUAUCCUUUUUACUACAUUUCAAUUCACAGGUAUGCAUGCCAUGGAUUGUUCAAGAAUGAGUUUGAAGGUCUGACAUUUACUAUCAGUCAAGAGGGGAGGCCUAGGAUCUUUAGUGGGGAAGAAAUGCUGAGAAAUUCAUGGCAGAUCGACGUGGAAAACUCGAAGUGGAUCGAUCUUUUGAUUCUGGUAGGAAUGGCAGUUCUGUACAGAAGUCUGUUCAUGGUUAUAGUCAAGAUCCUUGAGAAGGUGAAGCCUAUAGUUGCAUCCUUCAACUUCAAGUGAGUUAGCAUAUUUAUAUGUAAGAUUCUCACAUAUGAAUCAAGGAAAUUAUAUGAAAGAAGCCAAAGUGUGAAUGGCUUUGAACAAUACUACAAUUAACAACAGAAGCUUGCUCAAGUCUGUAAGUAAGGACUUGAACAAGUUUAUUCAGAGUUGCUUUUAGAAGGUGGUUUUCUAAUUGUAUAUGUUUUUUAAACGAAUAGGUUUUCAUAUGUUUAAGAAUGUGCUUCCUUUAAUUUAAUUUAAUUUUUUCCAUUUUAUUUUCGUUUUCAGUUAUGUCUAUUGGUAUCUUGGUUUUUGUAUAAGUGUUAGGCUGGACUUGAAAA